CAUAUUUAUGAAUACAACUUAUUUGUUCUCCACCACAGAAUAUGCUGAGCUGAGCUUUGACAUAGGCCCAAACUGAAGCAGCAUUGUGCAGUAUUGCGGGGAUCAUCCGGAGGAGAUCUGCAGACUUGCUAAAGCGAAAGCUCAGGUAUCAGAAGUGAAAAGGGUUACGAUGGAAGAAAUGGAAAAGGUGAGCAUGUGUUAUGCUCUAUCACUAAGUUGGAACUAUGAGAAAUUGGCGUGUAACAUUGGACUUAUGUCGCUCUGUCAUGGAGGUUCUGGAUCGUGGCGAGGAAUUCGAGCCUCUAGUUGACAAGAAGGAGAAUCUUCCUUCUCCGGUCAGCAAUCUGUUACAUGCUCAAGAUUUUAGGCAGCAGGGGAACCAAAUGAGAAGGAAGUUAUGGCUGCGCAACAUGCCAGUAAAUCUGAUAGUUGUCGGCACGGUUGUAGUUCUCGGCACGGUUGUCGCUCUGAUUCUGAUCAUAGUUUUAAGUAUUUGUGGUGGCUUCAAGUGUUAAUGGAGUGACACUGCUCUGAUAUUCUUUAAAUCCUCCGUAAGUUUGAAGU